CGUUCCCUUGCCUCGCGGAGGGUUGCCCGAGCGCUUCUUAGUGCUGCGGCUCGUCCCGCCUGCCGCUGGGGCACCGCGCCGUGAGGGAAAUAUAAAGACGAAGCCUUAGAAGACAAGAUUCUGUUCGCUGCUGAAGUAAAAGAUACAAAUGAGAGUUUGAGUUUUUGUUUGGUGUCUUCUAGCUUUAUUUUUAGGGCAGACUGAAAGCUUUCCUCGUUUUGGAGGAGUUAAAACGACUUAAAUUAAGGGUGUGGGAAGCUAUCAAAGUGAGACACUCCAGCAGGGCAACGAUGUGCGCGCUAUUUGUGUGGAUCUGUUAGUUUAGAAUUAAUGGUGAAAUUCGACUUCAGUCUUAAAGUCACCUUCGCUGUGCAAAACGAUAUAUUUUUGCAAAUAUUUGGGAUGUAAUUGUUGUCAAGAAACGUCUUGGUUAUCAGAUCAGGACAGGAAUGCCCUAAGACAUCCUUGAAAUAGAAAUUGCUUUCUGGUCUUACUAACAAUUGUAGCCCAUGGUAGAGUUCAGUUCUGUGGUGUGAUCUGCUACUUUCACUUUCCUAUGCACACACUUCUGUGUUAGAAUACUGAGUAUUCCCUUAAAAUGACCAAAAAAAGCCCACGCUAGAAUAAUCCCCUAGAAAUUUUCCACAUAUUUGAAUCUUUUCUGCUUCCAAAAUACUUAAAUCAUGAGCUGUGGGAAGGAGUUUGUGGAAAUUCUUAAGAAAAUUGGAUAUCCAAAAGCCGUUGAGCUCAAUGGAGAGGAUUUUGACUGGCUGUUUGAGUCUUCAGAAGACAAAUCAUUUCUGGAGUGGUUUUGUGGAACUGUAAAUGAGCAGCAUGUGUUAUCUGAAAAAGAACUGCAAGAUUUUAAUAGUCUUCUCGAGUCUGGAAAGCCCAUUUUAGAAGGAAAUGCAUUGGAUGAAGCCCUUAAAACCUGUAAGCCAGCAGAUUCAGGCAACAGACAAGAGAAGGAAGAGGAACUUAAGAAAUUAGAGGAUGAGUUUCAAACUCUUCAGAAAGUGAAAAGUCUUACAAUCCAUCGGCAUAAUAAGCUUCAGAUGAUGAUUUCUGAAAACAGCAGCAUGUUACAGACACUAAAAAUCAAAGAGGAAGAAACGCAGAGAGAUUUGAAAGAAGGUCUGGAACUGUUUACUGCAGCAAAUAAUAAGCUUAAUAAUGAACUGCAGUCUCUUGUGGAUAGAGUCAAGAAAUUGGCCUCUUUCUUCACUGCUUCGGCUUCAGAACAAGGAUCAGGUUUGCAUCCAGUGUUUUUUUCCCAGCUUUCCUUGGACAAGUAUUUGUCUCAGGAAGAGCACUGCACUGCAGCACUUGCCUCAUAUGCAAAAAAGCAUUUUUAUCAGAGCAUGUCAGAAUUGGCUGAAAAUUUGCACGAAGACAACUUUGAGCUUGCAGAUAUUAGCAAACGUGUCACUUGUGCUGAGACUACUGAAGCUUGUGGAAAGAGUCAGGAGAUUGCCAGCCUCCAGGCAGCGUACAUUUGUGCUCAGCGUCAGCUAAUUGAUUUGCAAGCUGAAGAAGAGAGCUUGAAUUCAGCUAUAGAGUGUGCAGAGAGCAUGCUGCAAUCCUCAAAGAGCAAGGGUAUUGAAAAGCAAGAAAAUGUCGAGGCCAAAAUGUCUAGUUUAAAUGAUGAAAUCUCUACGAUUAAGCAACAGAUAGCUGAAAUAAACAACAAAGAUCUGCCUUCCCUUCUGAAAGAGCAUGCACAGCUGUUCACUGCGCCGGUGGUAAUGGCUGCCCUGGAUCGUGAGAUUGCUCAGCAGGACCAUUUCGCUUCUAAACAGGAUGAGAUCUGCAGCCAUCUGAUAAGACAGAAAGCGUCACUUGAACUUAUUCAGCUAGCCUAUGACACGGAAUUGAAGAAACACAAAGACAUCCACUGUCAACUUGAGAAUCUGAUAGAAUCUCUGAAACAGAGCAGUAAUGAGAUGCAGCAGAGACUAGAGGUGUUAUCUAAGCAAACUGAACUUGCAAAGCCAAGGAACGCCAUUAGUUCAAAGGAUGAUUUCUCUUGUAGGCUCUACCAGCUUUUGGAAGGAGAAAACAAAAAACAACUGUUUAAAACAUACAAAAACCUGGAACAGAUGGCUCAGAAAUUAAAUCAGGAUUGUGUGACAGCAGAAGAGCAGCUAGCAGUGUCUUCUCAGGAGCAGUCUCUCUUGUUGUCCAAACUGGACAGUGAUGUAAAUGCUCUUCGUGAUGCUCUGUACUGCGGAGGAAAUCAGAUACUACUCACCAGUCGGGAGCUUACUGAGCAGUUUCAUCAACUGGAAGGUGAUUUAAAUAAACUAAAUCAACUAAUUAUGGAUCUUACUGCUGAUGUGAAGUCAAAGAGAAACUUCUUAGCGUCCAAUAAGCUGCAUCAGAUGGAAAGAAACUUGUAUGUGUAUUAUUUCAAAGAUGAGAACUACUUGAAAGAGAUGGUGGAGAAGCUUGAACAGCAGUCAGAGGCUAAAGCCAGUGCUCUGGAACAUGAGAAUUUCACCACCAGUAAAUUCCUUAAUACUUAACCUUCAGUGUAUUCUGAAGAUAAAAAACCAUGUUAAUGUAAACUGUCUACAAGUUUAUGGAAUGAUAAGUAUUAGCUUAUCAAGGUGAACGUUUAUCUGUCAUUGCAGUGUGUGUUUAGCUGCCACAGUUACCAUGUUUGGGUUAUGUGCUGCUUCAUGGCUUUGGCAUUUGGUCAUUCGGUUCAAGUUCUUCAGUAUUAAUUAACAUAUUGGUUGCAUGAAUGAAUUGCACACACGUUGCUCUUUUGCUAGGCUGCAUGUUGAUUUCCACUUUGUGCAGCAUAGAGCAAAAGAAAGCUUCAAACCCUUGGGAUUGGUUUUCUUGCAUGGUAAGAAACUUCCAAUACAUGAAGUAAAGAGGGAUUCCAGAUUUUGGAACAUAAAUGGUAAUGUGCUUCCUUCCAUAGAGGAAAGUUCUCCAAGGCAGAAAUGAUACGAUUCUGCUUUACUUAGUUCUCUAAGAUUUAUUUUCAUUAUAUAGAAAUGUACAUAAAUAUGUACCAGAAUCUGUUGGCUGUUUGACCACCGUGUCAUCGCUUCAUUUAUGCCUUCUCUGUAGAAAUUAGUCCCCACUUAUAGCAAACUUCUCAAAGUGAGAGCUUUCACCUUUUAGACUUGAACAUUUUGGGGAUAUCUUUACACAGUAUUUACUCUCUGAUUUGUGUUGCCAGGCAUUUGAAUGAUGUCUUCAUACUCCUGCACAGACUGGUAUUAAGACUGCUUAUCAAAUUUUUUGUGUAGGCUUCCUUUUAGACCAAUGGCACUAAAUAUGAUUUUGUAGUAUAAAAAUACUCCAGGCUCUUGUUUUCUGAUCAGCUGUACUUACUUUCAAGUGUUGCACAUAUUGAUGAAGGCUAGUAAAUUAGCUUCAACUUCAGUAGUAGUAUUUCAAAAAAUAUUUUGGCUUCAAGCUUUUAAUGUCUACAUUUAUGUAACUUAUUCUUAAAUGUUUAAUUUUUAGCUUAUUGGUUUGAUGUCUUUAUGCCUAGUUUUCAUGCUGUUUAGAUCCAUAUGUUGUUUGUUAUUAAAUUUAGUUCAGUGCUGUCAAUAUUUGUGGCAUAUCUGUAUGUUAGUAUAUGUUCAUGAAUGGUGUCUUGUUUAUUUUUAAUCUUCUGGGUUCUCAUUUUGAUAGGCUCCAGAGUUUGAAUCUGAAGACUACUGCUUCCCUCUAUGGGAAGUUAGGAAAUAUUUUUAUCCUUCUGUAAGAAAACGAUACAAAUAAUAAAA